AUGUCUGCGCCCGAUAACAGGCAAGGCUUCUUGUCGAACCUGACCCCGUGGGCCUCUCGUGCUGUGACACCAAAGCCUCCACCUACGCCCAAAAGCAUACAAGAGGAAUCUGAUAGGGAGAGAAUGAGAGAGAAGGAGGUCGAACGGGCGUUGGCUGCACAGCAAGGGACGGACCACUUUGUUCGUCGGAGGAACACGUUGAGCGCAAAGCGCUACCCCAAGGACUGCCCUCCACUCGUGGUGCGCUGGUAUCAUGCUAUAGACCUACCGAAACGAAAACCUCUGAGCUCGCAAGCCAUCACGCCUGACAAGGCCCUGCCCAAACCCAAGAAGUGGAUUCCCUUUAGCGAGAGCGACUCACGCGCCAUCGAGGCAGCCUUCCAGGCGCAGACCGAGGAAGAGGAUGCGGCCGAGCUGCAGAGGGGCGCUGCUACUCCCGCAACCCCAAACGAGCCUAAAACGGAAGAGAAAAAGGCUGUCAAGGUGCCUGUCAAUGAAGACUACCUUUUCGAUGUCGACAUUGAAACCCGCGAGCUUGCACCUUCAUAUUGGUUGGGUCCUGUGUAUGAUGUCAAGCGAGGAACCUGGUUCACACCCGAUGGCGAGGCGGUAGACGAGAGUCUGGCCAUACAGCUGGAAGAGGGAUACUUGAAAGUCAAGCCUUGGAGGUUUGGCAAGGCAGAAAAGAAAGACGAGAAACGCUCAGCAUCACAGCCUCGUGGACGACCGUUGUCUAUGGGGCCCAGUGGAGCCGAUGAUCAUCGCAAAGAACUGGCUCGCUUGAAUAGAGAUUCAACUUCCAACCCCGUCACGCCAAAAUCUUCAUUCGACAGUCUAAAGAAGGAAGCGAUGAAGCAGCCCAGCGCAAGCACUCCAAAAGACGAAGCGCAAGAGACUGCUAAUGCGCCUGCACAGUCGCCCCGCACAUAUCGCCUGUUCGGUGCCUACAUGAACUCGACUGUAACCUAUCAGGAUGAGAAGACGGCCUGGCUGCUAACCGACGAUGCUUGGACGCGCAUGGGAAGUACGCUAUACGAAAGAUUCGCGGGAGGCGCCCACUAUGCAGGGUACAGAUAUAUACGAGGUUAUACCGAUCCCAAGGCGAAGCCAAAGCAACCGAAUGCGUCCAAGGAUUCCACAAAGCAAACCGAACGGCCAGUAACGCCAUCUUUAGCAUACGGAUCUGAUCAUGGCAAAUCUACCAGCUCAGAUGGUACAUCGGAUGCUGAAGGCACCGACGCUGAAAACAGGGAUGAAUCGCCAUCCCAGGCACGGCGGCGGAACCUAGAACGGCAGGUCUCUCAAUUGAUGACUUCCUCGAAACCCGAGUAUGAAAAAAAACAAGAGGAGGAGUUGCGCAAGCGCGAAGAGAAGGAGAUGCGUGACGACUAUAAGGCAGAAGACAAGGGCGAUCAAGGAAGAGAGAUCGAGCAUCUGCUGCUCAUUACUCAUGGCAUAGGACAGCGACUUGGCAUGCGCAUGGAGUCUAUUAAUUUCAUUCGAGAUGUCAACACUUUCCGCAAGUCAUUGAAAUCCGUAUAUGCAGCUUCACCUGAUCUGCAAGCCUUGAACUCGGAGACUGAAUCUGAGACGAAAAACAACCGCAUUCAGGUGAUACCCAUCGUCUGGCGACACUUGCUUGACUUUCCCAAACAGAGUCUCAAGCACAACCGAAAGGAGCAUGACCUCGGCGACCUUGAUCACGAUGACCACGAGUACCCCAAUUUGGAAGACAUUACUGUUGAAGGAGUCCCAGCCGUGCGCAACUUCCUCACAGACCUGGCUCUUGAUAUUCUACUGUAUCAGAGCCCCGCAUACAAGGGCCACAUCUCGCGCAUUGUGGUGAAUGAAUUGAAUCGUACCUAUCGCCUCUUCAAAGAUCGCAAUCCUUCCUUCAAGGGUAAAGUCAGUUUGGUAGGCCACUCGUUAGGCUCAGCCAUCAUGUUCGACAUUCUUUGUAUGCAAAAAGACAGCAAGGCCAAGCCCAAUGUACAUUCCACCAGGCACCGCCGUCACACCGAAGAAGGCCUGAAGCUCGACUUUGAGGUAGAAGACUUCUAUGCCCUGGGUUCGCCAAUCGGUCUAUUCCAGAUGCUAAAGGGUCGCACCAUUGCUGCGAGGCCAUCCACCACCUUCAACCCAGCCAAGACGCCCGGCUGCGCAAUCGACGAUCCAUUCUCGACCCCGGAUGAGCAAGAUAAUGCAUUCAAUAUUACUACUUCUUCACCUCUGUGUAAACAGGUGUUCAACAUCUUCCACCCCACCGAUCCUAUAAGCUACCGUAUGGAACCACUCAUCUCACCUGCCAUGUCUUCACUCAAAGCACAGCCUCUACCCUACACGAAAAAGGGCAUCUUUGGCGCGCCAGCAUCACAGGGCCUCACCGGUAUCGGCGCACGAGUCGGGCAAGGUGUUACCGACUUCUGGAGCUCUCUCGGCUCCGGCAUUGCUAGUGGUCUACUGAACCGAAGUCUGGGAAUCUCCGGGGCUGACAUGGCUGGCGCAAAUACCGGUACGCCCGGUCAACGCACCUCACGACCACUGUCCACAGGUCCAAGCUCUGGUCUCGGUAUAGUGCCAGGUCUCAAUGAGCCUACUAGUGCGUUCAUCAGUGAAGAGCGGCGAAGGCGAUUGGGCCAAGAGAAGAUUGCUGAAGGUGAAGACGGCGAACAUCCCCCCACGCUGAUUGAGUCGGAGAUCGAGACACUGUUUGCAGGAUUCCAAAAGCGCAGGGCGAGUCAACAAAGUGAAGAUGGCAUAAGAGACGUAGUCAAAGAUCUCGAGUGGCAGGAGCUGGAGGAACGAAGCCGUCAGCUCAAGAAGGAAGAGGCAAAGGUCAGGGGCUUGAACUCGAACGGUCGUGUUGACUAUAGUAUACAAGAAGGCGCAUUUGACAUAUCGCUGCUUGCAAGUCUCGCGAGCCACAUGACGUAUUGGGCUGAUGAAGACGUCUCUCACUUCAUGAUCUCGCAACUGCUUGCCCGUCACCGCGUAUUCAAGAGUAAGGAAUAG